GGGUCGCGGAGUAGCAAGGGGUAUUUUGUACUCCAUUUGCGGGCGGCAGUGCUAGAACCGUAGUCCGGGUAGUCGGUAGGGCUCUGUAAGGCGAGAUUUUUGUUUUGUUUUGUUUUUUGUUUUUAUUUUGAUGAUCAUAUAAUAAUACUAAUAAUAAUAAUAAUAAUAAUAAUAAUAAAAAUAAUAUUAUGAUAUUUCUGAUCGCGCAGAUCGACGCCACCGUCCAGUUGCGGUAUAGAUCGUAACACCCGUGUUCGCCUGAGUGCUGGUAUUGUGCGUAUAUGUGCGUGUGCGUUUUGCUUAGCUGGUUGCACACCGAAAGAUGUUGAGAAUUUGAUUUCGACCAACUCUGUGGUGUGUGUUAACCGAGUAAAAAUCAGUUGCCGUGGUCAUCGGCGAAUAUCUCCCCGUAAAAUAGAGUUUCAGAUAACGAAUUAGUCGCAAUAAGAAGAUCAUCAUGUCUGUUCCUAAAUUGCCAACCGACUUCCGGAGGGAUGGCUUAGCUCUGAUCACACGCAUGGUCAGAACAAAAGACUUAGAUGACCUUCAGGGUGAAUCAAGCCCAACAGGACGAUUUGAUCCACACCAUCCAACGAAAUUAAAAAAAUGUCUGAACACUAUUGACUUGACCUCUCUGGGUGUCGGCUCUUGUCUGGGGACAGGCAUGUAUGUGGUCACCGGACUGGUUGCUAGGAGGUUUGCCGGCCCUGCGGUCAUCCUCUCAUUUAUUAUAGCCGCUGUAGCGUCAUUGUUUUCUGGUGCGUGUUACGCCGAAUUCGGAGUCCGAGUACCAAACACUUCCGGUUCCGCGUAUAUGUACAGUUACGUCACCGUCGGCGAAUUUAUAGCGUUUCUGAUUGGCUGGAAUAUGGUGCUCGAGUAUCUCAUAGGGACAUCGGCAUGCGCGUGUGCCCUGAGUGCGAGCCUGGACUCGCUCACUAACGGCGCCAUUAGCACGUCCGUUCAGAAUUACGUAGGGUUCCUCGGAAAACCGGAUAUCCUGGCCGCGGGCAUCACUCUGUUGAUGAUGGUGCUCCUUGCAGCUGGCGUUAAAAAAAGUUUGAUAUUUAACCAUCUGAUGAACGCCAUCAACUUGGCUGCGUGGGUGUUUCUCAUGAGCGCCGGAUUGUUCUACGUCAAUCUCGAUAAUUGGACCAAGAACGAUGGGUUUCUGCCGAACGGCUGGGGUGGGGUAUUUAAAGGAGCAGCAACUUGUUUUUACGCUUUUAUUGGAUUUGACAUAAUUGCUACCACCGGCGAAGAAGCUCAUAACCCAAAAAAAUCUAUUCCACUGGCCAUAAUGGCUAGUUUGGUUAUCAUACUUGUAGCUUAUGUUAGCUCUUCGAUUAUUCUCACACUUAUAGUACCGUAUACGAAAAUCGACGAGAACGCCGCUCUACUAGACAUGUUUGUGCAGGUAGGCGCGCCUAGGUGUCAGAUGAUCGUGGCCGCAGGUGCGAUGGCCGGGUUGUUGGUUAGCAUGUUCGGUUCAAUGUUUCCGAUGCCCAGGAUCAUUUAUUCGAUGGCCCAAGACGGUUUGCUGUUCAAGUCACUAAGUCAGAUAUUUCCGUUGACCGGUACACCGGUAGUGGCCACUGUGCUGUCCGGCGUGGCGUCCGCAGUAGCCGCUCUUGUCAUCAAUUUGGACACGCUGAUCGAAAUGAUGUCCAUCGGCACGUUGUUCGCCUACACUCUAGUGUCGACGUGCGUGCUGAUUCUCCGGUACCAGCCGCAGACGUCCACCGUAAUACACUUCUUCCCGGAGACGAUGCGAUCGCCCAUGAAUGCGCCCAAACAGAUCGUCACCAACGGGCGGGUAAACUUUGUGGUGCAGGAUGACCAAAAGUACGCGUACACGAACCAGGGGUACGGUAACCAGACGUCGUUCUACCAGACGCAGUUGCCGCUGCCGCAGCAAAUUAUACCGUCGCACCAGUCGCAGAGAAUCAUGGUCCGAAAGGUGACGAGAAGUUCGCCGGAUUCGGAUGACACGUACUUCGGAGAUGACUCCGAGGAGGGGCGUGACGAUCAAUACCUGGUUUCGGACAGGUGCGAGAGCAAAUUCUAUGGGUCCGUGCACGGGGGCUCGACCGCCGGAUCGACGGCCGCUGCAGGAGGGUUCAGCGCGGCUAGCGCCAACAUCACUAGAUCCCUUAAGGCGGCCACGUACCUGUGCCCGGCCAUAUUCCCGUGGGUGGACAUGGGACCGGCCACCGAGGAGAGCGGAAUGGUAGUGCUCAAACUAGUCGGCGUUUUCUACGUGCUCAUCAUCGUGUUCGACGUGCUCCUGGUGUUCGUGUCUUCCGAGUCGUCCACUUUCGUCUACAUAGUGCUGUACGCCCUGCUGAUCGCCGUUAUCGCCGUGCUGGGUGCCAUAUCCCGCAAGCCCCAGAACAAACAAAUACUUGUGUUCAAAACACCGUGGGUUCCAUUCGUACCGUCAUUCUCCAUUGCCGUCAAUUUGUAUUUGAUAUUUCAGCUGAGCUCGAUGACUCUACUCCGGAUCGUCGUAUGGGUUUCAAUUGGUCUAUUCGUCUACUUCUAUUACGGGAUAAAGCACAGCACGUUGGAACCGCGGGUGGACGAGGACGAGAGAAUUGAACUGAAAAUGAAAUCGCAGACGAUGACAAAACCGCAAAACAAUCGACCACCGGCUCCGGCGAAGACUUCCGCUAACACCAACACCACCUCCACCACAGCCACCGCCAACACCACUACUACUACCACCACCGCCACAGCCUCCACCAGAGUAGCCUCAUCCACCACCACUGCAGCAGUGGUCGACGAGAAUAAGACCGAACCGAAGAGGCCGACCAACUUGGAACCGCUACCCGCCAACAACGACAGUAAUUUGUUUGUGUCACCGUCCGCGUUCCCGAAGUGGGAAGACUAGAUUGACUGACCAAAAAUUUAAUUAAAAAAAAAAAUUAACGUUUUGUCGACUCGACACCGAGACUUCAACAAUGUUCUGUGUAAAUAGGGAUGUAAAAAAAAUAAAAAAAAAACAUAUAAAACUACUUAUAAACUUAUAAUUAUAUUAUUACGGUAACAAAAUCAAUUCUUUGGGCUACCAAAAUGACUAUAAUACACUAUAAUAUUAUGUUGAUUAUAACACGUGUAUUACGCGUGAUGUUUUUAAUAUAUUAUAAUAUCUAUUACCUAGCUAUUAUUAUUAUUAUUAUAUAAAUUUAUAUUAUAUUAUAUAUUUUAACUGUUAAACGUAACGAGGAUUAAAAAAAAUGUCCCACGCAUUAACGGACGAAUUGGAUCGAAAAGGUUUUAAACGAGCUAUUCCCAUCUGCACGUCGUCGGGUCUCCGGGCUCGUUUAUCGGUAUAAUAUGCAUUUCGAUAAACGAUCUAAUUCGCCGUUAUUUUACCCUUUUUUUCGAAUUCACGCCCCCAAUCCUCCUCUCUCUCUCUCCCGGAGACUAACAUUAAUUUGACAUCAUUAUAAUAUAUCGACACGUCCUCCUCAUAUGAUCGCGCAUCGUCGUAGGUUCGUUUCAGUAUAGUGUGUAUGCAAAACUUACCCCCGCUCAGUCGUCGUUUUUCCUAAUAAUAUUAUUAUCGUCUUGAACGUAUCACUAUAGUAUUUAAUAAUAUAGAACGUAAUAUUCGUCCCUCCCCCCACGAGUGUGCGCAUUAGUGAAAUUUGAAAUUCCAACACGACAAACGACUGAAAACGAGAGCAAUAUUAUAAGGGUGAAACGGUUUCUCUUGUUUUUUUGCGGUCCGAAGAGGUGGUAUGUCACCCAAACGUAUUCGCGACGUGACUCGACUACACACGCCGAUGAUCUCUGGUCGAUAUCGAUUUUCGUAAGUUUGCUCGCCAUCGUUCGCUAUCGAUACUUGCGGAUAAUUGUAAUAAUAAUAUACCAUAACUAUACGGUUGACUUUGAUAAUAUAAUGUUAUAUUAUACGCGUAGGUAUCAUAGUAACUAUUUCGUUUUGACUCACAACAUAAUAAUGACAUUUUUUUUCUCUUCCGAUUUCCAAAUCGUUUCAACGACACAUUAUUAGUAGUAGCCAUACGGACUUUAAGACAAUAUAAUCCGUGGUAGUAACUAUGUACUAUAUGUCUAUAUCUAUCUCUGUCUGCAGAUCACUCGAUUUUAUGCGGAAAUCAUUCGACAACAUUAUAAACACGUACAACGAUAUAUUGUGCCCCUGCAUAAUAUCAUUAUAAUUGCUGUGGCCAAACUAUACAUAUAAAUAUACCUACAUGAACACCCCAACCCCCGCCUACCGACAAAUCAAUAGUACAUAAUACUUUUCAACACGUUUAAAAUAUGAAACCACCGACGAUUCAAAUAUAAUGUUCGACAAUGGCCGUUUGACGAGGGAUUUCCAUCUAUACGCACUCGAACGAGAAGUAGUAGGCAGACAUGUCUAUAUGUGCUCAAUAUGAUAUGAGUGUGUGUGUGCAUGUGUGUGUAGUUAUCGAUUAAAACGCAAAAAGCUUUUAUGUUGUUUAUUUUUAAUUGCUAGACGUACUGCACAGCUCAUAUUUUAUAUCGGGCCCUGACAUCCGGUUACGUUAUUUCGCGUCCCCGCGAUAUUCAGACGUGUUAUUUUAUUGGAAGGCUACCGAUUUUGUCCGAAAAAAAUCCUCCUCCCCUUGGCCCGCAUCGAACGCAAUACGGUAAUGCAGGUGGAUUUAUUAUGACGUAAUUCCGCGAAAUCGUUUGCGAAAACAGUCAGUGAUUGCUCUCCCGUAGGUCGGACAUAGUAUUAUAAUAUUAAAUUAACAAAUUAUUAUAUUAUUAUAUUUAUAUAACAAAAUAAAUAUAUGUAUAUUAUAUAUAAUAAUAUAUACAUUUUUAUUAUAUUAUUAUUAUAUUAUAUGUUUACCAAACAAUAUUUGUUUGUUUUUAAUUGUUGUGGCAAGACUGGUUUAAUCGAAUUGUAACGUAAAAUAAUUUGAAAUGUUUUAAAUUUGUUAAAUAAUUAUUAUUAUGUUUAUAUACUUGAUUGAAUAUAAUAUUAUAGAAGCCCCCUUUUCUCGGCGGUCGUCAGCUGCAAUUGAAGGAGUCGGAAAUUAUUAAGAAAUAACCGUGUCGUGGCCAUAAAAUAGUAUGUACCCAUUGUAUAAUAAUAAUCGGGAAAUUAUAAGAGCAAGACUAGCAGGAAGUAAAUUUUCCGGUAGGUCGACCACUUAGACCACACCCUUUGGUUUGGGCCGGUAUGAGUCGCCGUAAGAAUCUAAGUUUCACCUCGUCGUUUGCUGGCGACCGAAUUAUACAUUAAAGCCCCAACGUAGACAUUAUUUAUACUAAACAUAAUUUAGUGGUUUUUUUUCCUGUUUGUAAGUAAACAGCUGCUGAUAUGUGUAUUUUUCAAUUUUCAUUAAUUUAUAAUAUUAUAUUUACUUCAUAUAUUCUUAGUGAUAUAUUAUACGUAUAUGUAGAGCGUGUUUGAGUACUAUUCCUAGAAUGUUAGUAUAUAUUAUUAUAUGCUUUCGAAAUGAUUGACUUUGUCGCUCGCGAAGGUUCAAAUCUUCAUCCAAACUUAACUAUAUUAUUACGAAACAGUAAAUACGACAUUGUAUAGGCUGUGUAUAAUACAAUUAGACGAGUAUCUAUAUAAUAUGAUUGAUUUAUAUCCUAACGGAAAUCAUUACAUUUUUUUUUCUUAAAUUGUUUUACGUGCCUUAACUAUACACAACAAAAUAAUAUUAAAAUAUUGAAACGCAUUGCGUACGAUAAUGUUUAUUGGAAAAAAAAGUUUAUACUUUUUCGGAAAUUUUGAUUCCACUUGGAAAUUAUUAUUCUUAAAUUAAUUUUUGACCUAUUUUUACAAAAUUGAAACAUUGCACAACAAGUACAAUAUUAUAAACAAAAUAGGUGUGAAGUUCAGGAUUUCCUAUAAUACGGGUUAAUAUCGCAGUGCCAUUAUACUCUGAUGCCAAUUUUACGAUUAUACGUACAUUUUGUUCGGUUACCAUUAUUAUAAUUAUUAUUAUUAUCAUUAUUACUAUUAUUAUUAUUAUUAUUAUUAUUAUUAUCACUAUUCCUAUUAUUAUUAUUAUUAAUUAUCAUUAUUAUUAUUAUUUUUAUUAUCAUUAUUAUGUUUGUUAUAUUUUUUUUUAUUGUUUGUAUAAUAUUUGUUACUUUUAUAUGUUAUGUAUUAUUGUUGUCGUUACUAUUUAUCAUUUAUUUCUAAGCACACAAAAUUAAAAUUAAUUUUACUGAUAACAAAUAUUAAAAAAUGGAGGUAAAAAAAUUUCUCGGCACCGGUCCAAUAUGAUAAUAAAAAGUACCUAUAUGUAAAGCGACCCUAAAAAUGUCAGCGAAACAAUUUGGAUUCUUACAGGUUUGAAAUAUGAAUAGGUUUUUUAGUUUUUAAAAUUGUAUUCACUCGUAGACGGUAGACGAGUAGGUUUCGAUUGAUUUAUAUAGUUGUUUAAAAUAUAAUUGAUAUCCGUGCCAAUAAACGAUAAGUUUCCGUUUCAGUCUUUUCGCCAUUAAGUCUCGUGCCAGUACCGAAAAUAUAACAAACAAAAAAAAAGUGCGUUAACAAUAUUUUUGUUAUUCCUGAGUUUGUUGAUGUUUUCUUUUCAUUUCGUGCUCCAAUUAUAUAUAUUUUAUUUCGUACAAAAAAUAACAUUUCAAUUGUAUUGGUUGCGAUAAUGUAACCAAAAACCAAUCCAUUUUGCUGCACCAUUUACUGUAGUCUAACCAAAUGAAAAUUUCAACAUUAAUUCUUCUUUAUAAACACAAUAUUCGAAUGAUGAUAAAUAAUAUUUAAAAAAUAUUUUACACGAUCAAAUUUUACAAGCAGUUCGUUGGGAUAUCAAAAAAUUAAAUUAAAAUUAUUGUCCAUAAAUUUGUUUUUCAGUUGUCUACAAAGCCCACCGUAAGUGUGUAAAUUAAUUUGUUUUAUUGUUAUACUUUUUUGAAAGUAAAAUGUGCAUCCAAAAAUUUAAUAAAUCCAGACCUGAUUACGUAAUAUAUAUUCAUGAAUAAUGUAAAAUUUAUUUCUCAGUGUCUUCGAAAUAAAAAAAAAUUAAUUUAACACUAAUGCGUUUUAUAUAGAUAGUAUUUAUAUUAUAUAGAUUAAUGGUUACCUAUAACCUCAAGUAUUGUUAUCAUUAUCAUCCUUCACGUCUUUAUAUAUUGUAUCUACAUAUAAUAUUAUAUAUAUAUUAUGUACAAGCAUCGAAUGUUGUUUAAAAAAAAACAAUUGUUAUUAUACACUUUAUAUAAAUAAAAAAUAAAUAUAUAUAUAAUAUUAUAUAAAAUAGUUGUAAACUUUUAAACUGUUUAUCUUUGAUUUGUUUUUCUAAUAUUAUUAUUAUUAUUAUUAUUA